AUGCGUGCCGCCGGACUGGAUACGUCCUUAUUUGGCGCUACUGGAGGUAUACGCGAUGGAGACCUGAGCGACGACUAUGACUGGGAAGGUGCAGGUAAUCGGUCCUCUACGGAUGAUAGUACUACUGAUGGGGAUAUGGAUGAAGGUGCAGAUAUACCAGAGUUCGGUACUUUGCGUGGAUACAUCUCGGAGUUCCGCCCGACGGGUGCAAGUGGCUCGGAGGUCGUGUUGUCGGGUGCCACACACAGGCCAAAUGCAGGGGAGUCAACCGUGGCCAGGCCUACGACAAGUGCAGUGUAUUACCCCACACCCAGGUUUGGGUUGACGGAUAGCCCGACUAGUCCGCGCAAUAAUAGGCCAGGUGGAUAUAGUCCCGAAACGAAUAUGCACUCACACACAGACCACCUACCUUUAUACCCACCCGGGUUGACAUACAGUCCCAGUGGUCCGCAACAUUAUAGGCCAGGGGACGGGGCUAGUCCUAUGACCACACUUGCGAAUGCGCUGGUGAAUCUGGUGAUACAAACUAGCACCCCCAGUGGGGAUGCGGCCACUAGUGCGACCGCCGGUACGACAACCACCACUAGGACGACCGCUGAUACGACUACCGCAAGGGAUGCUGGCAUCAGUACGACACCCGCUAAUACAGGUACCACUAGCACGAACGCGGCAGAUACGACGUCCACCAAUACGACUACCGCAGAUAGUGCUAGAGGUAGCGUGUCUAAUAAUCCGACAAUUAGUACGACUGGAAAUGUGAACAGGGCAACUACUUUCACCACUGGGGCCACCGGCAAUGAGACUACCUACGAGGAGUCUACCCCUCGGACCAACGCAAACACGGCCGAAAAUACGACAACCAAUACGGCUACACAUGGGCGUACGACUGCGGGGGAAAGUGCGAACGCACUUAUGUACCCAGACGCUCACACGGUGGAAUCCACGGAAACGGUUUCAAAUACGUCUAUACACGAAUCACUGCCAGAGGCUCACACGGGGGAAGCUACGGAAACGUAUUCAAAUACGUCUAUACACGAACCACUGCCGACGGUGCUGCUGCAUAUGUUCAAUGUGCGGGAGAGGGCGCGGGAGAUGGGGACAGCCGAUAGUAACGACCGCGUCAGAGAGAUACUGGAGAGGCUGCAGUAUGCACACACCCAUCCACAGACUCAGACCCAGACUCAGACUCAGACCCAGACACAAACACAAACACAGACACGUGCACAGAUACAGACACAGGCACAGACAAACACAACGCGAGUGAUACGGCAAGGCUCUGCGCCCAUACUGACGCAGCAAGAUGAGCACUCCAUAGGUGGACAGCUGCACGCGCAAGGGGUUGGAGGGGAACUCAAUGGGACACACACAGACACACAACUCAACCAGACACGUCGAGAGGAAGAAAUAGAACAUACGCAUACGCACACAGGCACAGGCACAGGCACAGGCACAGGCACAGGCACAGGCGCAGGCGCAAGCCAGGCUCACACGGAGGUACAGUUAGAGUAUAUACACGGGGGUACACAGUUAAACCAAGCACACACAGACACACAGACACAAUUAAACCAAGCACACACAGAAACACAGACACGAUUGAACCAAACAGACACACAGACACAAUCAAACCAAGCACGCACAGACACACUGUACGAUGAGCGGUGGGCGGUGGUGUGGUGGUGGGUGGGUGAUGACGUGUUCAGUACCGAACAGCGUGUGUGUGCGUUACGAGACACGUUUGCCAUCCUGUACGCGAAGUCGUACGAUAACAUGUUUGGCGGAGGGGACGGGGACGGAGAGAGGAGUGCGUUAAACGGAAUGAGACAUGGUACUACUGGGGAAGUGGCUACUAGUCAGGGUGCGUUAAACGGAAUGAGGCAUAGUACUACUGGGGAAGUGGCUACCAACCACGAGGUACGGAGACAGUCGGGGGAUGCCAUAGUACCCCCUGAGAGUGGGGUGGGGCUGCACCCGCAUAGUGUGGGUGUGGAGGGGCAGAGUCUAGCGGACGUCCGUGCGGAGAGUGCUAUAACCAUGGAUAGUCGCGAGGAAGGGCGUGGGCCUGGCACACCCACCCACACGGCCACAGGCGAACAACAGCAUGGUACUACAGCGAUUAACCCAGUCGCACGUACAUUUAGCAACAGUACAGCCGUAUUAGGCACACAUAGCAUCCGUGCAGCUGCGGCCGUGGGUGCGGCGUCGGCCGAGGUAGAUACGGCGCUGCACGUGCUAGACACCACCUUAGACACACUGGGUUCAACACUCUGCUCACUAGAGGCUCAGCACCAGGCCCUGGUGGCCGAGAAUGCGCGCAGGGACAGAGAGAUCCAGGCCCUGGAACACGAGUUGCUGGACUUGUUGGAGGACACUAAUUCGGAAUUGGGUGAGGAUACUUCCGACACAAAUUCGGAAUGGGGUGAAAGUAAUUCGGAAUUGGGUAGUGCUGUGAACGCGUUGGAUGAUGUGCUGGGCAGUGAAGCGCAGGUGAGUGAGAGUGACAGCGACGGAGAGGGCAUUAGUCUGUGGGGCCACACCGGCGUUAGUUCGGAGGCUGAUAGGGGGUUGGCAGAUUGGACUAAUAGCGAGAGAGGGUCUGCACGAGGGGGAGCGGAGGGUGCUGGCAGUGGGGCGAUAACCUGGACUAAUGGUAAGAGGGGCUCUGCCUGUAGUACUGGCUAUCCCAGUGCAGCUACGAGCUCGGGUGCUUCGCAUAGUACCAGUACUGCCAAUACAGCCGCAAGCACCGUAGACACUCCGACUGGCACGGAUCCUGUCCCGUUGGGUACUCCCACACACACCGUAGGCCCAAGCAUCGCUACAGACGGCUCUGGUACAACAGGUGUAGCCAACGCAUUGAACUCAGCCCACGCCCUAGCCACGAGGGCGGGUGUGCUGACAUCACUCGAGAGGCCGCAAGAAGACCCUACAACAGGUGCAAUACACCCCCUGCACCCGUUGGUGGCUACGCCCCUGUCCCGGCCCUCCACCCAUAAUUGGGACAGGGCCUCGGGGCCGCGAGAAGCACCGGACCACCAGAACCCGGACAAUACAGACAGGGCACACACCACUUCCCACACGCACACACACACGCACACGUUACAAACCACUGCGACGUUGCUGGAAACACUGGAGCGGCGCAACGCAGCUCUCCUGGCACGCACCACACAACAGGAACUGGAGACGGCAGCACUACAACUGGACACGGCCCAACUGCGCACACAGACGGUCGAGCUACAACGGUCUCUGCUGCAGCUGAGGGAGGACAAUGCUCGCCUGGAUAGAUGGGAGGCAGACCUAGUGGCCCAGAACAUGCACCUGGAAAUGGCGUUGGGGCUCAGUAGGGCCGAAUCUGCCCUUGUAAGGAUGAACGCGCAGGGGCGGGUGGAUGAGGCCGAGCUGCUGAGAACUUGGGCGCUGCAGACGCUGUCACAACGAUACAACCCUUCUGCGCCAACUAUGGCCGAACUGAACACUACGAACGAGAGUGCACACAUAAGUACACCAAAUAACACUAACACGCGUAGAUACGAGCUCGUUAGAGGUGUUGAGGAUAGGUUGGGUGUAGGUAUUCCCGACGAAAUGUGGGGCCCCCUCUUAGAUAGCAACCCGGUGGUACUGGACUCGGCGGAUCUAGAUCCACGCCGAUCGGAGGGAGAUCUAGAUCUCGAUCUGGAUUCGGGGAAUCCGGAUAGUAUUGCGGCCGCAUCGGAUACGGCGCAGCCGGCGUUUGUCUUUCGCAGUCCUCUCCUGAUAUACGAGGAAUCGAUUGCACGCGCAACUCCCAACACUGCCGACGGAGGCUUGCAGGAUGAACUGGAUAGGGCUAGGUUGCGGUACGGCACAAUCCACAAUCGACAGCUUUCCGCGCGCCGUGACUCAGAAUUCGGAUCUCUGCUGCAGAACGACGUGUUGCUUGUGCAAGGGCUCCUGGACGAAGUUCGCCUCAGCCACAGAUUACCUGACGCUGAUUCGCAUGAUACAGAGAUGUCAGAUUGCGUGUAUCAAACUAUCGCAUUGACGCGGACCGAUUCAUCCACCAAUCACAGUGAUCUGUGGGUGGAUAUGUCGCGGCUGGACCAAUCAGAAUUGAGAGAAUUGGCGGAAGCGGAUGAUAUCCUUGCGAGCGGCGAAAACGUACCCAUGCGGUUAUAUGACAUGCAUGUGAAGCUAUGUCACAAGUAUAAACAAAGAAAGGAUGCCCGCGAGAAACACCGAAAACGUACCAUGGAGAAGGCACAUAUAGACGUACUCCGGUCCGAAAGCCGGACACUGCGACAGCAACUGGAAGCGCUCACUGGCCCAGAGUGCGAUGACUGGGACCGAAGCACAUCUAUUAAUAGCCAGAGCACAUCUAUUAAUAGCCGGAGCACAUCUAUUAAUAGCCGGAGCACGUCUAUAAAUAGAACUGUGGGCAGCCUGCGGUGUGCGCAGCUGGUGCAUCGGUUGGAUCGACUGCAUCUGCUGGUGGCGUUGCUGAGUCUCUCUGUGACGGGCAGCCUCGACCCACGGGAGACAGGCCCACACAUUGCACGAGACAUAAGCGUACACGCAAGUGGAGUGACUGAGGGGGGGGGUGUGGGUAGAGACACGGGUACACGCACAGGCACCGGGGACAGGGCCAGUACAUUCAGGACAGGGGACGGUCCAAAUCCCGAUGCAGGUGCAAGCGCGAGUCGCAGUGGGACGACGGGUGUGGGCGCACGCACAGACACACACACACACACACGGGCCAGGGCAGGUACAUCAGUCACCACAGAAGACUCAGUCACGCAGGAUAACGGCCACACAGCCGCACGCAUGUCUAUGCACGCACACACCGACUCGACUGGGCCGAACGGUGGCAGUGUUGCGGUGGUGGAUGGGAGUGACUGGCGCGAGAGGCUUGGGUUUGUAGGGUUUCUGAGUGAUAUUAGCAAUGCUGUGGAGAGUACGAGUGGCGUGGGCAGCGGUGCAGGGGCUCUGGAUGGGACAGGGCAGAGUGAUAUGCAUAGCAAUAGCAGUGGUGAGAUAAUAGACAAUGCGGAGAAUAGUGGUGAGAUAAUAAGCAAUGCGGAAAAUAGGGGUGAGGUAAAAAGCAAUGCAGAGAAUAGUGGCGAGAUAAUAAGCAAUGCGGAGAAUAGUGGUGAGGUAAUAAGCAAUGCAGAGAAUAGUGGUGCGAUAAUAAGCAAUGCGGAGAAUAGUGGUGAGGUAAUAAGCAAUGCAGAGAAUAGUGGUGAGGUAAUAAGCAAUGCAGAGAAUAGUGGUGAGAUAAUCAGCAAUGCGGAGAAUAGUGGUGAGGUAAUAAGCAAUGCGGAGACUCUCAGUAGUGAGGAGCGUAUAAGCCAAUCUGUGCGUGGCUGGAAUACCGGUCGUCCAACUAGGGCGUAUAUAGACCAGGAACACGCACGCACUAGCAAUGCACCCCCCACACACACAAACACACACACAAGCACACAUGCAUACACCCAUACACGUGCACAUACGCACACCAAUACACACACCAAUACUCACGCACGUACGCGUGCGCCGACCCAGCCAAUGAUACGCACGCGGGACGACCGCGUGAUGACUUAUCGCGAGGCGGAGGAGGCCAUGCGCGCAAGAGUUAAUUUGUCACGUGACGAAUUAAGCGACAGGCACAGUGUGCUACGCAGCAGAUUAGACCGGGACGAUGGGUCGCUGGUUGCGGUGGCUCAGGCCCUGUCUCGGAUGGACCGGGACGGCCCCAGGCGGGCGGGUGCAGGUGUGGGUGCUGGUAGUAGGCGGAUGAGUGGGAGGGGGUCGUCUAGUGGGGAUACCACAGCGCAUCGUACACAGUUGAUGUUUAUGGAUAGUGACUCGGAGGACGAUUGGACCGGUCCAGUGACGGCCAAUUCGGGACAGGGUCCGGCGGAUUUGGGUCCGGGAAGUCCUGAUUUGGAGAAUGGGGUCAGUGUUUUGGGUCGUGUGGACCAGAAUGAGUUCGUUGACCUACCAACUGGGGCUGUGCACCCGUACUAUGAACCCGGGACUCUUUCUGUCCCGGUGUUCGGUCUGUAUCAGAAUGAAAUUCUGUACUUGCUCACGGCCAUGCUCACGGUCAAACAGAAUAACAUACAGGCCAAGCUGGCUAGACUGGGUGUCGUGCGUAUACUCCAUGGUAUUAUGGAGAAUUUGAAAUGGGGACCAGCCUCUGAAGUCGAUGAUUUUUGCCACUUUCCAAUGAUCCAUGGACCUAUCUUUGGACUGCCGUGUUUCUGCACGCCAUCGAGUACAAGUAAGAUACAAACACUACGGGUCAUCCACAACAUGUGCGAUCGCGCACCCUCCAACACAAACGUUGCGCGGCUGUUCCUGUCUGCGGAAGAACAGGUGGAGAUAGACCACAUGCGUAGUGUGUUCACGGCACAAACACGCACACACAUACACGCGCGUACACGCACACACACACACACAUGUACACACACGUGCACACGUACACACGUGCACACGCGAGAGCAGGGUAGUACACACGCACAUACACCACACGCCGGGAAAGGCGCCUGUGUCCAUCCCAACACACCCCCACCCACCACAGCACACACACCCACACCGUCUCAGUCGGAGACACGGAGACGUGUGCACACAGACAACUACAUACACGUGCGACCUGUAGGGCAGGCGGAUACGCCAACGACUUCGUGUGUGAGUGGGCAGACGCACUCUCAGCGCUGCGUGGGUGAGACUGCGGCGGUAACCAUUGGCAACCGAGUGACGGUAACCAAUGGCAACGAACAACAACCCGACCGACUACUCAGUCACAGGCAGUCGUCUGCUCACACGCCGCCGCACGCACACACACCUGCUCUAGACACACCUACUCUAGAUAUACCUACUCUAGAUAUACCUACCCUAGAUACACCUACCCUAGAUACACCUACUCUAGACACACCUGCUGUAGAUACACCUGCUUUGGAUACCUACGGCACACAACCAGGGAUGGGGUUCUUCAUCCGUAUGUUCAACUCGAUGUUUGGUCGGGUCCAGACGGAUGCCUCACCGCGGUUAGGAGCGGAGCCGCAACCGCAAGCAAAACCGCAAACCGCAAAACCGCAAGUUCGGUGCACCUGCAAGAAGAGAGUUGAGUGGGGCCCAGUGCUGACCGCAGGAAAUGGCACGCGGAGACGGAGAGGUGUGUGUAGAGAUGAACAUGUACAUACACACACUCCCACACCCACACACGGCCACACAGAUACACGCGCUUGCACACACACACGCACAGAUACACACGCACACCGGUGUGGAGAUAGUCGCAGACGUUGUCGGAUGAGCUGGAAGGAGGCGGCGCUGUUAGGAGAGGGCAGGGAAGCACUUGUGCGCACACAGAGAGUGCCAAGACAUACGCGAAGUGGUGUUGUAUGUGCAUACUCGCAAGGACGGGAUGGUGUGCAUGGCAGGCGCACACGGGUCGAGAAGGGGGAAAUGGGUGUGACAGGUAGUGACAGGGAUGGCUGUGUGUGUAUAGGCGCAUGUGCUGGGGAAGACACUUGUGUGGUAGGAGUGGGGCACUGGUGCCAAUCGGAGAGUGAGUGUGGAAGUGCGAACGAGCGUACGAGUGGGAGUGCCUGUGAGUCUGUGGGCGAUAGCGCGACGGGUGGGUCGGACGGGGAGGCUGGUAGUGGACAAUUAAGGAGGAGGGGCUCGGUGGGGGAUGCCUGUGACAGUGAGGUGGUGAGUUAUGAGGCGUACUUGAAGAUGCAAAAGAGAGUGACACGUGCACUCGCGGAGUGGCAUGAAGGUGGACAGGAAGAUGGAGACACGCACACACACACACACACACACACACGCGUGGAUAGAGACAAUGGUACAGGCAAUGAUAUGUACACACACACACACACAUCUAUGCGUACGCCGGGGACACCGACCGCACACACACACACUCACAGCCAGACUCUCACACACUCAGACCCGCCCACAUCCCUCGCAGGGCAUCAGGCUAAUGCCACUGCCACAGCCACGCACACACACACACACACACACACCAACCCCCGAACAAACGGCUCACAUACAAACGGCGGAGAUGCCGUCUUCACCCACCGACUACGCGGCAACGAGCGACCUGCGAGACCACGAAGUGACGGAUGCGCUGAGGUGUAA